CAGAAAUAGCCUGAGACGCGCAGACCCCGCACCCAGGCGCUCUGCCGGCAGCUCCCCGCCAGCUCCCCGUACCGAGAGCCGGAGCAGCCGGGGCCGCCGCGGAGCCGCCGGCCGCUGCCUCGCCCCUUCCUCCCUGCACGGAUGCCGCGGGGCGCACGGUAGGCAGCGAGGCGGGGGGGCUGCUCGCCCCCGAUUCGGGCCAGGAGGCGGCUCCCCCCGCGGGGCCCGGAGCUCCGGCCGCUUAUCGGCCCGGCAGCCGGUAGCGCAGGCCCCGGCGCCCGAUUAUCGAAACUCAAGCAAAUGCUUUGGCUCCUUGUUCCUGCCUGCUGAAUGCACCAGGCUGGUCAUGACUCAACCCAUCUUCCAGGACUGAGGGGCAGAGGUGGUGAGAGACCUGUCUCAGGGUGAGGCCCCACGACGGCACUGAUGGAGAGCGUGUAUUCGGUGGAACCAGCGCCUGAUGGUGCCGGCCCCACCUCGCUGGACGUGCUCAGCUUCCUGGAUGCCCUGGUGAACAGUACGGAGGAGCAAUGCUUCAGCGCCCGCUCCCGCAGCACCGUCCUGGAAGGGCUGCCGUUUGGUGGCGUGCCCACCGUGCUUGCCAUCAACUUCAUCCUCUGGCUGCUUCUCCUCCUGGUCUUCUCCUGCCUUCGGAAAGCUGCUUGGGACUAUGGGCGCCUGGCGCUGCUGAUGGACAAUGAUAGUUUGACGUCGCUUUUCUACGGAGAGCAGAGCGAGAAGGAGAAGUCCCCAUCAGAGAGCAGCCCCCUGGAUGUUGACAACAAGGAUGUGGGAUUCUGCUCCUGGCUAAUUUCUAUCUACCAGAUGAAGGACGAGGAGAUUCAGAGCAAGUGUGGGAUCGACGCCACCACCUACCUCUCCUUCCAGCGGCACCUCCUGGUCCUGCUGAUGCUGGUCUGCGUGCUCUCUGUGGCUGUCAUCCUGCCUGUCAACUUCUCGGGGGACCUCCUGGGACACAAUCCCACCCACUUUGGCCGGACAACCAUCGCCAACAUCCCGACGCAGGACCGUCUCCUGUGGCUGCACAGCAUCUUCGCCCUCAUCUAUUUCAUCCUCACCAUCCUCUGCAUGGCUCACCACUCUGUCCACCUUGAAUACAGAGAGAACGAGAAGGUUGCCCGGACACUGAUGGUUACCCGCAUCCCCAAGGAGAUCACAGACCCUUCCCUUAUCAUCAAGCAUUUCCACGAGGCUUAUCCUAGCUGCACUGUCACCAAUGUCCAGUUCUGCUUCGACGUGCGCAAGCUGAUGAAGCUGGAUGCGGAGAGGCGCAAGGCAAUGAAGGGCCGGCUUUACUUCACCACCAAGGCACAGAAGGAGGGGAAGAUCAUGAUCAAAACCCACCCCUGCGCCCGCAUCUUCUGCUGCCGCUUCUGUGGCUUUGAGCAGGUGGAUGCCGAGCAGUACUACGGGGAGUUGGAGGAGAAGCUCACGGAUGAGUUCAAUGCCGAGCGCAACCGCAUCACUCUCAAGCGGCUCGACAUGGCCUUCGUCACCUUCCAGGACGAGAGAAUGACAGCUGUGAUUUUGAAGGACUACAGCCACAUCCACUGCCGCAAGCACCCCCAGCAGUCCUCUGUCACCACCGUGGUCAAGUCACACCACUGGGGUGUUCGCUAUGCCCCUGCGCCCAGUGAUAUCAUCUGGGAGAAUUUAUCAGUCCGUGGCACAUCUUGGUGGGUGAGAUUCAUCCUCCUUAAUAUCUGCCUCUUCGUCCUCCUCUUCUUCCUCACCACACCAGCCAUUGUUGUCAACACCAUGGACAUGUUCAAUGUCACACAGCCUGUGGAGAACCUCAAGAACCCCAUCAUCACCCAAUUCUUCCCCACGCUGCUGCUCUGGGCCUUCUCCGUCUUCCUGCCCUUCCUCGUUUACUACUCGGCGUUCUUUGAGUCACACUGGACGAGGUCGAGUGAAAAUCAGCUCACCAUGCACAAGUGCUUCUUCUUCCUGGUGUUCAUGGUCAUCAUCCUGCCCUCGCUGGGGCUGAGCAGCCUGGACCUUUUUUUCCGCUGGCUCUUCGACACCCACUUUCUGGAUGAGGCUGAUAUCAAGUUCCAGUGCGUUUUCCUCCCGGACAAUGGCGCUUUCUUCGUCAACUACGUGGUCACCUCCAGCCUGAUUGGGACGGCCAUGGAGCUGCUGCGCAUCCCAGGCCUCCUUGUCUACACUGCCCGCCUCUGCUUUGCCAAGUCCGAGCCUGAGAGGCUCCACGUCAAGCGGAGCCAAGCCUAUCAGUUCCAGUUUGGGCUGGAGUAUGCCUGGACCUGCUGCAUCUUCUCUGUUGUCAUGACCUACAGCAUCACCUGCCCCAUCAUUGUCCCCUUUGGUUUGCUCUACAUGCUGCUCAAGCACAUGGUUGACCGGUACAAUAUCUACUACGUGUAUAUCCCCACCAAGCUGAACCAGCGCCUCCACGUUGCUGCCAUCAGCCAGGUCGUGGUGGCCCCCAUCCUCUGCAUGUUCUGGCUGCUCUUCUUCUCCAUCCUGCGCCUUGGUCCCACUCGCCCUGUCACCCUCUUCACCUUCGUGGUCCUCCUCUCCUGCAUUGUCUUCUCCUUCUUUGGCCUCUGCCUGAAGAAGCUGCAGCCACGGAAGCCCUCCAGCUACCAGAUGUCUGACCAGUCUGAGGGCGCCUUCAAUGAUGUGGAGCGGAGCAGUGUUUCCUCCACGCCCAACUCCAAUCUCUUUGUGGCCACAGUCCUGCAGGAGCCUGAGCUGAGCCUGACGCCGGCGGCCUCCCCAGCGCACCAGUCCUACGGCACCAUGGGCAACCACCUGGAGCCAGCGGAGGAUGGAGAGGACAGGGGGCUGCAGAGCUUUGAGACAGAGCUGGAGACAGUGGAGGGCGAGUAUAGGAGCGGCCCCGUGAUGGAGAGCCAGGCCCGCUACCAGUGAGCAUCCCCGCCACUGGGGCGAGGACCAGCCGUGCUGAAAGCGGAGGAUGCACUGGGCGGCAGGAAGGAGCCUUCCCAGCACUGGUGGGGCCACCUUGCCGACGGGGCAGGGGGACGACAGGACUGAUGUGAGGGGGAGACCCCACUGUAUGGGAGGUGGUGGGAGACUCUGCCAGUCCCUCCCGCUGCCUGGACUGGCUCAGCCCCCUCCCCGUGCCUCCCCAUCCCCACCUGCCUCUUCCAGCACAUCGUGGGGAAGAGGGGGGUGCAGCGGUGUGGGGAGAGGGUCUCUCUGAGAGGCCAUACUUUUGGGGGGCAGGAGGGAGGCCCUGGCCCCUCUGUGAGGGGGAAGCAGCCCAGACAGCUCAGACGAAUGUGCCCACCACCACGCUGUCCCAUGGGUUCUCAGUGGCAGGGGACAGCCAGCCCUAACCCUUGCUUCCCACCCCUCCCACCCACGGCUCCCUGCGGCUCCUGCCGCCCCCAAGGCUUUGCCCAUGAAAGCAGGGACUGCUGAGAUGCCUGUGCUUUGGUGGAGGAGGUGAGUGCCCAGGGCUGCUCCCACAUCUUCCUGAGUACCGUGGGUCCUGCCCCAAGGCAGGCAUGAAAAUGCAAGCCCAGCUCUUCCCCACCCUCCCACCCCAUUCCUCCAUCUCCGCUGCAUCAUGCCUGUGCCCUUAGGUCCUUGGGGAGGAGCAGGAGGUCAAGGGGCAAAUGUGUUUAAUAGCUGUGAAGGCAGCUCCUGAUCAUCCCACUCCCCCCCCCCAGCAGCAUCCCCCUUGUGCUGGGGCUGGCCAUGGGACCCUGCAUGGCUCCAUCCUGUUGCAACAGAAAUGGGGGGGAUUGGCAGGACCCCAGCCUCCGGGUCCUGGUCCACUGCAUCCUGCCCUCACCCACAAGCCGCAGCCACAGGAUGCUCCCCCAGCAGCCGCACUGCCUCUCGAGUGUGAGUCCUGCAGUCAGUGUAAAUGCACCAGCUCCUGCCUAGGCAGCAUCCCUGGGGUUUUCCAGCUCAUCUGCAGCAGCCGUGGAGGCCCCUGGGGACAUGGGCAGAUCCUUGCCCUGCUCAGCCCCUCUCCCACCAGGCUAGCCCACCUGGGCAUGCUGGCUCCUCCCUCGGCCCUGCUUUGGCCUGGGAGCUGAUUUUCCUGUUCCUGAUUUUCCUGCUGGCUUCAGAGCAAUUCUAGCCGCCAUCCCAGGGCCGUUCAGGGAGGAAAGGGAUGACGACGCAGCUCUGCUGGCACCAGGGCUGCUGGCAGGGGGAGUGCUGCUGUGCGAGGGCAGACGCUCGGCCAUGGCACCACUCGGCAUUGCUGGUGCCACUGGGAAGUGGGAGGGGACAGCGUGCCAGUUUUGCGGGGUAGGGAGGGGGUUAAAAAGCAGUCCAGCAGCGAGCUGUGGGUCUCUGUUGGACUCAAGUGGGCCCUGGGACAUCCCUGUGGGGCUGGGGGGUCUCAGUUUGGCCGGCUAACAGCCCCAUGGCCCCCAUCCCACCUAUGCUCCUGCAUGCUGGGGCGAUGGCUGUGGCACGCUAGCCACCAAGCAGUUGCCUUGGGGGGGCCUUGAGCUCACAUGCUCCCUCCCAACCCCAAAAAGCACCAUGGGGGGCUCGCGACUCCCUGCCCAGGUGCCCCCACGGCUGCCCGCAGCUCAGCCACUGCGCUCGCUGCCUGCUCUGGGGGCAGCCCCAGCCAGAGCAGGGGGGGUGCUGGUGGCCUCUCUCUGGGUGGAAGCAAGUGCCUGUGAGCGGCACCGUGUCCUCGGGAGCUUGGGCUGCUGGUCCAAUUGCCCUUGGCUGCCCUGCUGUAGGAAUGUGCCAGAGGUCUGUACCUUCUCGUGAUUUAUUGCUAUGACCGUGCCUUGAAUAAAAUGACUU